GCCGGGCCGGAAGCAAAUACGGGGCAUCCCCGGGGACUUCACCGGAAAAGUGGACAGCACUCCGCCGAGCGCCGGGCGAGAUGGGGUUCAUCGGCGACCAGGUGGAGUCGAUCCGCUCGAUGCAGGUCCGCCAGGUGCUCGCGCAGAUCAUCAGCCUCGGUAUGAUUGUUACGUCGGCAUUGAUCAUAUGGAAGGGGUUGAUAGUUGCGACUGGGAGUGAGUCCCCGGUGGUCGUGGUUCUUUCUGGUAGCAUGGAGCCUGGAUUCAAAAGGGGUGAUAUCCUGUUUUUGCGCAUGAGCAAAGAACCCAUCCGUACUGGCGAAAUAGUUGUUUUUAAUGUUGAUGGCCGUGAAAUUCCAAUUGUUCACCGUGUGAUUAAGGUUCAUGAACGCCAGGAAAGUGCUGAAGUUGACAUCCUCACAAAAGGUGACAACAAUUUUGAGGAUGACCGACUGCUGUACGCACACGGUGAGCUGUGGCUUCAGCAGCAUCACAUCAUGGGGCGGGCUGUAGGCUAUCUUCCAUACGUCGGGUGGGUUACCAUUGUGAUGACUGAGAAGCCAAUCAUCAAGUACCUUCUGAUUGGCGCGCUGGGCCUGCUGGUGAUAAUGUCGAAAGACUGAAGAUUCUACCUUGUCACAGGGUCGUAAUUUGGUCUUGUAGUAGCGCAGAAGUAACCGAGAGCUGAAGAUGUUGCAUCGUGUGUUGAAUGGAAGUUUUCAUGUGUCUGAAUAUGUAUCUGGCCCGCCGAACAAGGUGUUACGCAACACUCAUCUUCUGAUAGUCCUAAUCCUAACUAAUGAUGUCAAUCUGGUUAUUGCAUUGAAUAAAAGUAAGCUUUAGUUGCAUUUUCGGAAAA